CACACUUCCACUGAGGUAGGUGGCAAAUGCUUUGGGCUAGGACAUAUUAGUGUGGCUCAUCGCCUGUAAUGUUAGUCACCUCUUGUCCCUCCAAUCACUUAAAGUUGGGGCUACGAAUUCAUGUCAGGCCGGCAAUCCUUCGAAGGCAAACUCUUUUACGUCUCGACGGUGUAUAAUAUUGUUCUAUUUGUUUCGCCUUGCUCGCUCUAGUCAUUCUGCGCGCCUCCACGAACUCUUUUCCGGAACAGUGGCUUUGGAGAAAGGGGGGUUGGGCCGAAGUUCAAGUUGCUCGCAAAUCAUGUCUUCGCGGGCUCUGCGACGUGCUCAGCGUGAGCGCGAGGUCAAUGGCAAUGCGAGCGACGAAGAGUCAAUUUCCAAGGCACAAAGCUCCCGGGGUGGUCCGAAAUCGAGCUUGUUCGCACUCCUCGACCAACCGGAGUCAGAGAAUGAGGAAGAAGCGGGUGCCGAUCUUGAAGAAGGGGAUGGAAGCCCUGAAGUAAAGGAGCUAGAGGAUAUGCCUCCGACAAAAUCCUCCAAGAAGGGAAAGAAGAAAAAUAAAGCCCGAGAGAAGAGAAAACAAGCCAAGGAAGUGGCGAAAGAGACCAACUUGAAUGGACUGGAUGAGAUUGACGUGGCUUUGAGAGAUUUAUCAAUACCUCCGGCGGCCGAUGGUGGCAGCAAGCACCACAGACGGAAGUCGCAGGACUUCAGCGUCUUGUCCAUCAACUCGGACCAUUUACACAUCGAGAACGAGGUUCGUCGGCUGUUUGGACGGGCUGCCCUGGACACAAAUGAGGCAAAUGACGAUGAGCUGGAUCCCGCUGCUCAGGCAGGUCGAAGGCAGCGCCGGUUGAUGCAACAGGUCCAACGUGGGCAGCGGCGUAACACGCCUUUGAACGAGGCACGGCGAAAAACAUUUCUUGUCCAGCUCCAGCCGAAUGAAACCGCUCCUCCUGGAGUUUCUACCGGCCUCGCAAUGGAAGUCCUUCCCGAAACAGACGAUGGCACUGUACGAUAUCGAUUUGUCCAUGCUCCCGCAUAUCGAGAUGUCCAGCUCCAAUUCGAGGACUGUGUGUCAAGCAUGGACCCUGAACGAAUCCUCAUGCUGCUGAGAUUCAAUCCAACGCAUAUUUCAACCAUUCUUCAAGCCUCUCUCAUUGUUGCUCACGGCAGAGACUUUACACUUGCCGGAAAACUCCUCCAACGGGCACUCUUCACGUUCGGUCGGGCGCUCAACUCUUCGUUCCCAAACGCAGCCUCAAAAGGGCAGGCCCGCCUCCCUUUCCGGUUUCAGGAAAACCGUCAAUUCUAUUUGACGGCCGUCAUGUAUAUGAAGAACCUGCGGAUGCGUGGGGUUUAUCGAACUAUUUAUGAGUGGGCAAAGCUGCUUCUAAUGCUCGAUCCUUCUGAUGAUCCGUAUGCAAUGCUCAUGACCAUCGACCAGCAUGCAUUGAGAGCAAAACAAUAUUCCGCACUCUUGGACAUGUCCACACAUGAUCAUUUGGAAGACACAGGCUGGUGGAAGUAUCCGCACAUCAGAUACAGCCGAGCUUUGGCUCAGAUGGGCCUGGGCGAUGUUGACGCAGCCCGAAAGUCACUCUCCGAUGCCAUUAAACUGUGGCCGUUCAUUGCGCAUGCCCUGAUUAAAGAGCAGGACAUUUCGCCCGUCCCAAUGGCAGUAUGGGGGGCUCUGCCUAAUACCACCUACGACGAACUGCUGACUGCCCAUUAUGUCUCGAACAGUAAAGACCUAUGGGCAAGUCCCGAGGUGAAAUCGUUGCUCAGCUCAGUGGCGGAUGGAUUGACUCGAGAUGACCUAACUCCGCGCAAUUGGUCUGACAUUACUGGAGGGGAACCCAUGGUUGUGCCUGAAAAUAUUUCGCGACUUGUCAUACUGGAAGAAGAUGCAAGGCUUCUUAAAUUGAUUCCGGAACAAUACCGGGACAACCUAGGAGGGAUGGGUGACCCGUUACCGCCAGCGGACAACGAACCUGGAUAUAUGAACUCUUCAAACCGAAACGUCGAUGUUUCCCCAGGCGAUUACAAUGCAUUAGCACGAUUGUUAGACGAACACGAUGACAAUUGGCCUGGGGAUGGUGGCGAGCAGAGCGCUGAAGAUGAUGAAUAGUUGCACGAGAAUGGAAGGUCGUAAAUUGGCGUUUAUGUCGCCAAUGGAUGUCGCACACAACGGCCGCUCGAUCCGUUAUAUAUCAGAUCUUCGGCCAUGAAGGGAUCUUCAUGAAACCGCUCAGCUAGAAGACGAGAUUUACAAAUACAGAUACUUCUCGAUUAUAGCCAUGUUAUCGUAAC